AUGACUGCAAAAUGGUUGGUCAUAAAUUUAUUGCUGUAUAUUAGAUUACUCUGUCAAUUGAAUUCGGUAGUAGCCCAUCCUACUUCUGGUACUAGGUCACCCACUAACGGUUUUCAAACUUCACGAGGCCAAUACUCUACCCCAAACGGUCAAACUACUUUUCCAGAAAUUAAUGUUACUCGUGUAUCAACUCCAGCAUCAAAUUCUACCAAACAGGUUACCCUUGAUGUAGAUAAGACUGGUAGUACCAACGACUAUGAGUACUCCAAGGAAAAUAAAGAUAAUAAGUAUCAUACAUACACAGUUAAGCAAGGUAAUGUAAUCACUAAAGUUACUAAGGGUAAUGCUGUUAUGUGGGAUUCCAAGAAUGAUGAUUAUGGCCUCAAGGCCAUAUAUAUGGAUCAUCACAACAGUCCUAAAUACCUAGCCGUGCUCCUCCAGAGUGGUAAGUUCGUACUGAUUUACAGAGCUGCAUAUGAUGUCAUAGAGAGAUCUGAUACAAAUAUGAACAUAACCCAUCAGAGGUAUGAUGUGACUAAACUUAAAUUCCUCGGAGACAGUGAUGCAGUUAUCGACGCAUCUAGUUACGAACCUACUAUAGCUGACCGAUACUAUAGUUUUGAGUUUAAGAAUGGUGCCAAGUGUAAGAAAAUCAAGUUCGGUGAUGAUGUUCUUUGGAAACACGACAGUGAGUUUGGUCAAAUUGUCUCAUUUCACCUGGAUCUCAUAUCAAAUAAAUUCUUCCUCAAGAACCACAAUGGGGAUGUGAAGAGUAUUGAAUAUACCACUGGCUCUCUUAAAGUAACUACCGUCACCACCAACUGUCUACUACUACCAACUCCUGAAUCAACUACUGUAAGUCCUGAAUUAACUACUUUAGCCCCUGAAUCAACUACCGUAAUUCCUGAUCAAACUGAAACAACUGCCACAUUUGCUGAAUCCACUUCCUCUUAUAACCCCUCUACUCUCGACCUGAAUACCAGAAAUUCUACCAGAGAUUUUGAUUAUUCCAAGACUGAUAAUGUUCAUGUUUACACUGCUAAGUCUAACCACUCCUUCAGCAAAAUCACCCGUGGGUCCAACACCGUCUGGGAGGCUCCCGACAAUGUGUCUGCUAAGUCUGUAAUAUUUGUUGAUGAAUCUAUUAAGUAUGUAACUAUUGAUCUCGGUGGUGGUUUCUACCGAACAGUCCAAGUCGACCCAAAGUCUCAAACAAAUACCAAAACCAAUAAUACCAGAACCAAAAAUAUACCACUGAUUCUACUAGUACCACUUAUACUACUACCACCAACACUACUAACCCUGCUGAUACUUCUCCUACUGAAGCACCUUCUACUACUAAAAAAACAGAAACAACUUCUCAAACUAGAACAACCCCUCCCACUGAAUCAACAAAUGCUACUCCCGCAUAUGUAA